AUGCCGUCGGCACCCUUCGCAGUUUCAUCGCAGGCAAGCAAGAAGCUGAAGUCCUUCAAAUCUAGUGAGAAGCUAGUUGGAGCGGAGGAAGACAAAGAAAAUCAACAGCUGGAAGGGAAGAGUCCAACUAGUGAGGAUGUCUCUCUCUCGCGGCCAAUUCUCUCAGAAGCCAGUUUUCCUCAUACUCCAGCCGUCCGAAUACCCAUAGAAGACCUGAUUGCGAACACAGAAGAUGCUUUCAACUGCACUCCUCCAAGUACAACCCCCAAAGACCAUGUUACCUGGCAAACGUAUCCAGAUAGUUCAGAUGCGUCUGGCACAGCAAGAAGUACACAGAGAAGCAGAAAGCGUGCUCGCAGCUCGUCCCCGGCGUCAUCUCAAUUGGGAGCCUCAGAACAUUCUCCAGCCCCCAGGGAUCCCAUGAAUCUAGACUCACUGAACAAAUCGUUGCGUACGCCAAACAACGACCCCACGCAAGACCUCUGGAAUCGCUACUCUGCCGCCAAUGCUAUUACAACCGUACAAGCCGAACCAACAUUACCACAAUACGCCCACUUAUUGCCUUCCUCUCCGCAGACUCCAAGCACCACCGGCAAAGACAGUGGUCUGCGCCGAACUCAUAGCUGUGGAGUUGAAUGGCCUACUUCAAAGGCUAAAAAGAGGAAAUUUGAAGCAACCGACUCACACGGACGUACAAAGGAGUUUUUCGCUGCUUCACGAAAGGACAUCUUAGGGCGAGAUUUGUCUAACAAUACCCGUGUCGGCCUUCUGCUAGAUAAGAUCCAACGAAGUCUUAUCAAAAAACCAGCAGCAGAGCACAGUCCGUCAAGUUCAUCUCCCUUGCCUGAUCGUCGAUCUCAAACUCUACACUCUCCUACGAGACCACAAAGCCGAGCUCGACCACGAACAGCUCGUGCUCCCAGUGCAGCUGUUGAUGCGCAGCGAGAAUCGCUAGAGAGAAUCGAUGCACAACCCGAUGAGAGCUUUUCUUCAGAGUUUAGCGAUGACGGUCUUGAUAUAGAGGCGUUUGAGAGCGUUGAGUUCGCCAUAGCUCAACAGUCGGAACAACAAGAGACAAGCCAGACCAAGGCGGGUGAAGGGAUGGCGGAUCCUCCGAGUGCGAGCAACCAUCACGCUCCAACGACCAAUGCAACAUGUGCCUCCCAAGGAAUAAGACCUGGCGGUCAACACGAACCAGGGGCUCUAUCGGGAGCGCCGCCCACGCAUGUUCAACGAUGUGUUGCGCCAAAAGAAGAUGAAUUUGAUGAUGAAUUUGAUGACGAUGAGGAAUUAAUGAAUGGUAUACUUGAUCUGGCGGCGAAAUAUGAGUCCCAACAACAACCUACUACGAAUGUGGAAAGUGUCACUUUGGACCACAGUUCAUGCCAAAAAAGACCUGAAAGAGAACCCCUAGGACGUUUGGAAAGCCUUGACGAGUUUGAGAAUGCCUUUGACGAUGACGAUGAAUUAUGGGACAAUAUUGCAGAAGCCACGCCUGCUGGCGAAUCAUCAAAUGCAGGCUUAACGAAACAUACUAUAUGGGACUCAAUUGAUAAUCGAGCCAUCAAACGUUAUCUUAUUGUCGACGUCUUCGAGUCCCACUAUGAAUACAAAGUCGGUCAUACCCGCCCAGAAAAAAUGCUGUCCGUCAAGGAUGAAAAGACCGGAAUGCGAUACAUCAUAUCAUUACGCGAUUCCUGGUAUGACACUCGAUGCACUAAAGGAUCAUACGUCCAUGUUGUCGGCAAAUUUGAUCGUACGGGUCAAUGCGUUAUCAAUGACGCAGACAAUAUGAUCAUCAUCCAUCCUGAUCAUUUAAUAUCUUCAACUGUGGUUGGCGACGCAUUCACGUGUAUGCGCCGCGCUGUCCUUCAGGACCGAGUCAAGGCAACAAGUGCAGCGACCACCCCCCAGGUUUAUGGCUAUAUUCUCCACGAAGUCUUCGGCCAGGCCCUGUCGCUCAACAAGUGGGACCCUUCAUCACUGAGAGAUAUCAUCGACAGGAUUCUUCCCUCCUUUCUUGAAUCGCUAUACGAGAUCGGUGUACGCACUCAAGACGCCACAGAAUAUCUUCUAAGCAAGACUCCAGAGAUGAUGGCCUGGGCCAGCGUUUUUGUUAGUGAUGACUUUACUGGUGAUUCCGUGAUCCGUGAUCGAAAUGGUGUGCUUGUUCCAACCAACAUCAAUAAGGUUCUAGAACUUGAAGAGCAUAUCUGGUCUCCUAUGUAUGGCCUCAAAGGGAAUAUCGAUGCUACCGUCCAGGCUCAAAUGAAAUUACCAAAUGAAGCAGACAGCAGAACAUUGGUCGUCCCCUUGGAGUUAAAGACGGGCAAGAGAGACAACGUAGAGCAGCAUCGCGUGCAGACUGCUCUGUAUACACUCCUUCUUACUGAUCGAUAUGACAUCAAUGUCGCCUCUGGUGUUCUCUACUACAUGGAGACGUCAAAGACUUUCCGUGUGGAAGGUAUAAGGAAUGAAAUUCGCCACAUGGUAAUUGAACGCAACGAAUUGGCUUGUUAUGUCCACGACAAGCUCGCUCUCCCACCGAUGAUCAAGAAAGAGCAUAUGUGCAAGAGCUGUUAUUCCAAGGCAGCAUGUUUCACUUACCACAAACUGUCAGAGAAUGGUGAUGGCGAGACCAGUGGGCUUGGAGAGAAGUUCAACGAAAGCACCGGUCAUCUUUUGCCAGCACACCAGGUAUUUUUCAAGAAGUGGGACGAUCUGCUGACGAAAGAAGAACGAGACACCAUGAAGUUUCGUCGUGAAUUGUGGACAAUGUUAAGCUCGGAACGGGAAGCAGUCGGUCGUUGCUUUUCGGAAGUUGUUAUUCUACCCGGCUCUAUUAUCGAGAACAGGGAGAACGCAAAGAUCAAUAGGUUCGAGUACACCUUCGUCAAACACAAACCUAAAGCCGGGUUUUCCUUCACGGAGUCUCAGAUCACCAUAGGGGAACCAAUUGUCAUAUCUGAUGAAAAGGGGCAUUUCAACUUUGCAGCGGGCUAUGUUACUAAUGUACGUCCAAAUAGAGUGGUCGUCUCUGUUGAUCGAAGAUUACAAUAUCGCCGUCGAAAGAAGGUAGAUUUUGAUCCAUCGACUAAUCAGGUUUUUUCGGGUACCUUGGGUGCAGACUACUCUCCGUCUUCUUUCUCAAUCGAUACAGAAAGCCCGACUCUUUACCGGAUUGACAAGGAUGAAUUUGCCAAUGGGAUGGCAACAGCACGAAAUAACAUCAUUCGUAUCAUGGAGAAAGACCUGUGGCAAGCCAGGGAGCUUAGGCAAUUAAUUGUCGAAAACAAAGCCCCAGAAUUCAAAAUCUCACCCACAGCUUACACCCUAACAGGCCCAGCUUCCCAACAAAGCCUUAAUACCGACCAACGGAAGGCAAUUGAGAAGGUCAUGAGCGCAAAGGACUAUGCCUUGGUAUUGGGAAUGCCUGGCACCGGGAAAACAACAACCAUUGCUCAUAUCAUCCGAGCACUUGUAUCACAAGGCAAAUCAGUCUUGCUUGCUUCUUACACGCAUACAGCGGUAGACAAUAUCCUCUUGAAGAUCAAGAACGAUAAGAUCCCUACUUUCCGCAUUGGGGCCAUCAAUAAGGUCCACCCGGACAUUCAAUCAUUUGCAGAUGUGUCGGGGAUCCCAAAACGAUCUCUUGAAGAUCUACAUGCCUCAUGGCAAGGAAGCCAAGUGGUUGCUACAACCUGUCUUGGUGUGAACCACGGUAUUUUCAAUGCUCGAACAUUCGAUUAUUGCAUAGUGGACGAAGCCUCUCAAAUCACAUUACCUGUUUGUCUGGGUCCGAUCCGAAUGGCUAGAACCUUCAUUCUUGUUGGUGACCAUUAUCAGCUACCACCCCUUGUUCAAAAUAAGGAAGCACAAGAGGGUGGUCUGGAUGUCAGUCUAUUCAAGUUGCUGUCAGAUGCCCAACCGGAUUCUGUCGUGAAUCUGGAGCAUCAAUAUCGUAUGGCAGAAGACAUCAUGUUGCUCUCGAAGGAACUUGUCUACUCCGGGCGAAUUAAGUGCGGGAACGAAGCUGUGGCCAAGCGAUCAUUGGAAAUACCGGAUCUGGAUGGUGGACUUGCUAUGCAUCAUAUUACUGCAUCGUCUUUACCCAGGUCCUCAAGCUCUACAAACGUUUGUGUCUCUGGUUCCACAUGCUGGCUUCGAAAGUCACUGGCUCCGGAUGCUCGUUGCCUCUUCUUGGACACUGACAGCAUUACCUUCCUCGGAGCUAAGCUUGAAACUGCUGCUGGUCCUCGAAUCACCAAUUCCACGGAAUCAGCACUGACAACUCAACUCGUCACAGCAUUGAUACAUUCCGGCGUUGCACCACGAAACAUCGGUGUUAUCACAUUUUAUCGAUCGCAGCUUGCCCUCCUUAGGAGUGAUAUCAAGGCAAGUGCUGGAAGCAGUGCUGCAAGCGAAGUCGAAAUGCAUACAGCAGACAAAUAUCAGGGCAGGGACAAAGAGGUCGUGAUCUUGAGCUGUGUCCGGAGCAAUGAGAACAAUCAUGUUGGGGAUCUUCUGAAGGAUUGGAGACGAGUCAAUGUUGCAGUGACACGAGCUCGUAGUAAGCUUCUCGUCAUUGGGAGCAAGUCCACUCUCGCAGGGAGUGGAGUCCCCAUAUUGCAAGGUUUGACUAAAAUCAUGGGUGAGAAAGGAUGGAUACUAGAUCUUCCUACGGGCGUGAUUGAAUCACAUUCCUUCGAGGGAGUAACACAAGCAACUGGAGCUACUCAAUUGAGCCUGGCAGGGCAUGGUGAGAAACCCCGGCCUACUCUUGAAGCACGAGGAACACGGCAUUCGCAGGGAAGAAACAGACCACUGCAAGCAACAAGUGGUAAUACUACUCAGAGCCUAAAUAAGAGAUCACCCGAGGACCCACGAAAUGGCUCUGUCCGGAAACCGAACGUAAUUGCUCGAGGAAACAAGAUUAGGAAUGUGCAGAAACUGCUGCGGCAUGACUCAGUCAUGAGGGACGUACUAAACGAGCUCGACCUGGGUAUCGACGAGAACACGCCGCAUGCAACAAAUGGGAAGGAGAAGGUGGAAUCCGAAAUUGAACUGGAUGGGGGUUUUGAACCUGCGGACUUUGGCGUGUUCUGA